AUGGAUACUAUCAAUUCUGACGAGGAAGUUCGUCCACAUAUAAAUGACAAAAAUGUACCAUGUGUUUUCUGCCUCCUCCAUGUGUCCAAGUACACAUGUCCAAGAUGCAAUUCUAAUUACUGUUCUGUUCAAUGUUAUAAAAGUGAAAAGCAUCUACAGUGUUCAGAAUCAUUCUAUAAGAACUGUGUGAUGGAAGGACUUUCUGAUUAUAUGGCCAGUCCUGAAGAAAGGCAUAAAAUGGUUGAAACUCUCAAAAGGAUUCAAGAAGAUGAUGAUGGAUACCUUGACUCUGAUGAUGAUGAUGAAGAGGAUGAAGUUGACCUUUCAGAUCGUCUUCAAGGUUUAAAUCUUGACUCUGAUACAGACAAAAUUUGGGAAAAACUGACUAAAUCCGAAAAAGAAGAAUUUCAAAAGAUGAUAUCAAAUGGUCAACUUGGUGGCAUAAUUGAAAUUUGGACUCCUUGGUGGAAUUAUAAGGACAACAGAAAAGUGAAAGACAUUGAAGAGGUAGAGAAAAACACACCUCAAAGUCCACCAAUAAGAGAAAAUAUUCUUAACAUCUCUGAACUCCUCCGUAAUUGUCAACCAUCAGUAAAUAUAAAAUAUACAGUGGUCAGUGUUCUUUAUGCUUAUACCUAUAUAUGUCGUCUUCAUAAUGGGGAUCAUCUAAGCACACCAACUGAUAGUGCUAAGGAACUUUUAGAAUUAUGUAAUGCACUGAGAACAACUCAGACCCACAGUUCUGUUAGUGAAGCAAUCCAAUCCUGUCUUCAUAAGGCUGAUGGGGAUCCUAAUUCAUCUCAAAUUUCCCCAAAAUUCAAGUUAUUUCUCAUUCAAGAUGUCAUCAGAAUCAUUGAAGGCCCUAACUCUACUCCAUCAGUCAACUAUGUCAUGGCUGCUUUCUCAGAUUUGCUUAGAUUAUGGCAAGAAGCCAUACAAGAAAUCUCUAAAGACUUGAAGAAAGCAAAGAAUAAUGAGAAAUUGGUUUCUGCUUUAAAGACAAAAAAGAAAAGUUUUUUCCGAAUUGAAAAGAAAGUCCAGUUUCUUCUCAGCUGGUGCAAAUCAUAUGGAGUUGAUUUGCAAGAUAGUUUGGAUGAGUUAAAUUUGGAAUUUUGUGCCUUAAGCAGUGAGAUGGCAAGCAUCAACAAUACAAAGCAUCAAUUUGAGAAGAUGUGGGGUGGAAAAAGACCUGCAAAAAAGAAAAUUCUCAUUGAGGAACUAACUUGA